UCCAGAUCCUGAAUCCUCGCUGCAAAAGGUUGCGGCACUUUCCCUGUUGUAACAUCCUUUUGCUAGUCAACUUACUGGAAGAAAAUGGAAAUAAACCUGGGAAUGAAAACUGCUUUUAUAACUUCAAGUUCUUGAUUUGGACAUGUCCAAAAAAAAGAUUGCCGAGACAGCACAAGGAGACAAACCACACAAGUGUGAGUUCUGUGACAAGAGCUUCUGCCGGAAGGACAAUCUGACCAUGCACAUGCGGUGCCACACCAGCGUGAAGCCCCACAAGUGUCACCUGUGCGACUACGCCGCCGUGGACAGCAGCAGCCUUAAGAAGCACCUGCGGAUCCACUCCGACGAGCGGCCCUACAAGUGCCAGCUCUGCCCCUACGCCAGCCGCAACUCCAGCCAGCUCACCGUCCACCUCCGGUCCCACACGGGGGAAACCCCCUUCCAGUGCUGGCUCUGUAGCGCCAAGUUCAAAAUCAGCUCGGACUUGAAAAGGCACAUGAUCGUGCACUCGGGGGAGAAGCCUUUCAAGUGCGAGUUCUGUGACGUCCGCUGCACCAUGAAAGCGAACCUCAAGUCGCACAUCCGCAUCAAGCACACCUUCAAGUGCCUGCACUGCAGCUUCCAGGGCCGGGACCGGGCGGACCUGCAGGAGCACAGCCGGCUGCACCAGGCUGACCACCCCGAGAAGUGCCCCGAGUGCAGCUACUCCUGCUCCAGCGCGGCCGCCCUGCGCGUGCACAGCUGGGUUCACUGCAAGGACCGCCCCUUCAAGUGCGACUUCUGCAGCUUCGACACCAAGCGGUCCAGCAGCCUGGCCAAGCACUUCGACAAGGUGCACAGGGACGAGGCCAAAACGGAGAACCGGGCCCCGCAGGGCAAGGAGGGGCCCUGAGACGGCGGCUCUCCGCACGUGGCCAAAGUCAAAUCGUGACUCAGCGGGCCUUCCGCUGCGAGACCUGCGGGGCCGCCUUCGUCCGGGACGA